UGUCACGGUGCUGCUGCUGCUGUCUGCCAUCAUCACCCUGACACAGACCACCCUGCAGACCACCUUCAUCCUGGGUGCCACACGUCACUGCUGCUACAACUCAGAGCAACUGGAGCGCAAGCCAGGAAGGGAGAUGGUGGUCCAAUGUGCCAAGCUUCUCGGAGUCACGGUGGACGACCAGCUGACCUGGAAGCAGCAUGUCGCCAACACCGUGAGAUCAGCUACCUACAGGCUGUACAUGCUGCGCAGACUCAGGUCGCUGGGGACGCCGACAGAUGAGUUAAGGGGGGUGUACCUUACCUUCAUCCUCCCCAAACUCAUGUACGCCUCCCCAGCGUGGUCCUCCUCCCUCACACACACUCAAAAGAUACAGCUAGAGAGUGUGCAGAAAAGGGCGUGCAGGGUCAUCCUUGGCCCUGCAUACACCACCUAUGAAGAAGCCCUGACCACCCUGAGUCUGUCCAGAAUAUCCACCAGGCACCGAGAGGCUCUGGAGAAGUUUGGGAGGGGACUACUGCAUCAUCCGCGUCUCAGAAACAUGCUGCCGCCCGACACACCUCGCCCGGUCUGUGCCACCAGACACCACAACAGAAUAACGCCCCUGAAGGCGCCGCGCACGGACCGGUACAGACUCAGUGCGAUUCCCACCAUGGUGCGAGCCAUCAAUCAAUAGUAUUUCCCUCCUAGAUUAGACUUACCUUUAGGAUUAAUGUUAAGUUUUUCCCCAUCCCCUAUGUACAUUUUCAGUUUGUCAACUGCCUAAAUAAUAAACCGUUUAUUAUUAUUA